AUGAGCAAUUCACGCCCGCUUGACACCGAACAAGGACCGUCGGCUGCAUCAGGAUUUGUUGGUUCUAACCCUAGCUCCGACACGGAUGUCCAUUCUUCUCUGAAAUUGAACCCUACUUGUUCAGUCAGUGAUCGUCGAGCUUCUCAAGAAAGCGACUCCGAUUUUGAGAGGACGAAGAAGGCCCGAUAUCCCCGUCAUUUUUACCGGAAGCCUUCGCUGCAUCUACUUCGUCGUUCUGAAUGGAGAAGACCUUCGCCUCAAAUUCCAGUUCCUCCUCCUCCGCCUGAAAAUCUAGUUCCUGAAUUUCAUUCAGAAGAUGGAACCUUCGUUACAAGAUUGUACUACAAUGGUGUCCUUGAGGAAGGGUUUGGGAAGAACUAUGUCAAUGCUGAACUUCAAUAUGUUCACAACUGUGAUCUAGACAAAUGGUCGAAGCUCGAGGUUGAUGAUGUGUUGGAGAAGCUGGGGAUGGAUGUGACUGGGUUAGAGUACUUCUAUCGGAUUCUUGGGAUGAACUUUGAGGAUGGAAUGGCGCAGCUUUUUGACAACAAGUCUGCAAUAGACAUGGCAGAGUUAGGGAUCAGGGCUGGGGUGAUUGAUGGGUAUGGUAAUGGUGCUGAUGGGGGGUUUGGUGAUGGUGAUAAUUGGGGGUUUGGUGAUGGUGAUGAUGAGGGAACUGAUGAUGGUGAGGAUGAGGGAGCUGGUGAGGGUGAGGGAACUGGAGUAGGUGAGGGUGAGGGAAUUGGUGGAGAUGAUUGGUUAGUACAGAGUUCAGCUAGUGAGUAUGAGGUGGAGAGUGAGGAAGAAUCUGAGGAAGAGGGUCUUGUGGCUGUGAAAGGCAAUGGGAAUGGAUAUGGAAAGGGGAAAGAAAAGGCUGGAAAGGGGAAGGGAAAGGCUAAGGCUGUGGGAAAAGGGAAGGGAAAGGCUGAGGCUGUGAGAAAGGGAAAAGGGAAAGUUAAUGAUGUUGUGAAGGGAAAAAGAAAGGGAAAGGGGACCUGCAAUGAGAAAGGAAAGGAAAAAGAGAAGGCUGAUUCUGAUGACGAUAACGCUGGGCAGCUACAUUUGUGGACAGCGACUAUGAUCUAA